CAUCACUCCUCUUUUGUUUCGAAUAAGCUUGAAUCCUAUCUCCCCACCUGUCCUUUUUUUUUCUCUUUCUUUUCUGCUUUACCUGUUGUAUUCCUCUUCACCGUACCUUCCUAAGCUGCACUUCUUCCUUUUUUCCCCAUGCUGCGUUCUGAAGGUGCGCCAUCCGCUCUCCCGCCAUCCGACCAUUCGCCUGAAUGGUUGCAACCUGAUGUAGACACCAAUGCGAAUAACAGCCACAAGAAAAAGAAAUCAAUGGAACGGUUGUCAAGAUUAUUCCAAAAAAAGUCCAAAAAGAAGUCCAUCAACCCUUCGCUGCUAACUUCGCCAGACCCACCACUCAGUCUUUCUUUUUCCACCAUGUCGCUUGCCUCGCAACCAGAAGAUACGUUGUUGGAUACCACGCUGUCUCGUCCACAAACACGGGACAGCAGUAUCUGUUCUCACACAAUGAUCUCUGAAGCCGACACGACUCAGGAACCGGCGGUGGCAAAUGGAAGACAGACACCCAAGCGUCAUGAAUCACUGAAACAGUCCACUAUUCUGCCUCCCGUGCCGCCCCAACACGGCUCCUCCGCAGGCUCCCUUUCCCGUCAAUCUUCAAUCAAACAAACCUUCGUCUCUUCUACUUACCUCCAAACUUCUUCCAGCGCAGCCUCCCUUCACAGAAAUCCGUCCCUUCGAAGCAACGCAGGUUCCACAUACGAUUAUCGGGCAUCCCAGUACACCUCCCAGGAACAUCAACAACAGCACCAGCAACAACCACAAGAUCAGUCACAGCAACAGCAACAGCCGAUGCGGCCAGAAGGGACUUCCAUCGCAGCACUUAAAGCUCGCCUGUCACGGCAACGGCAGCAUUUGGAAGCAUAUCGAUUGGAGAAAAAACAGUAUCAGGAAGAUAUCAAAUCGCUAACGGAACGAUUGGAAAAGACACGCGAGAAAACGGAAAAGAGGACCCAGGAUAUGAAAAUCUUGCAAAAGAAUUACACGGACCAUAUUCGUUCCAUGCGGGCUACUCAUGAUGAUUUGGACUCCAUUGUCGACAAACUUCACCAACUUCAAAAUCUCAUCAGUGAACUUGCCGGUCAAUUACUCGAACACGCCGAUCCCAAUGUCACACCGAAAGCGUUGCAAACCUUUUGGUUGAAUCUUCACGACGCUAUUGAUCGUCUUGCCGUAGCCGGCCCUGACGGCAAUCAGUUAUCGCCGCCACGGAUCAAAAUGCUGACGGAAAAAUUUAUGAUGGAUGUAUUGGUUCAGAAUUUGAAUUCCAAUGUGUUUCCGGGCCUCCAAGUAGUCGAUGCGUACAAUCAAUUACAGUCAUGGUUCGAAACCCACGAUCCAGCCUUCUCCAUUCGAUUACGGCAAGAAAUGGCUUUGGUCGUGGUGGCACACAGUACCAGCGACAAUGACGUUCACAAGUUGCUGCACAACGCCGUCCAGAACAAUUGGAAAUAUCUCUACGGCGGAUUAGUAAAAGCGUAUCCCUUUAUUUACCAGCAUGAUAAAUCCGAACCGGUCAUACGGAAGCAUUACGGUGCCAAGGUCCAGGUGCUUGUGGAACAGGCACUUGCAUUAGGUUUCGCAAUUAAAAGCCAGGAAGUCGAUAUCACCGCAGCAGACAUUCGUGAAGGAAUACAACAAUUCGAUCCAGAAUCCAUGAUUGACAUUGAUGAUCAAACCUCCGGUACCAUUGAAUUCUGUAUUUCACCACCAUUUGCUGUCAUUCAUCCCGCCUACCGUUCCCUAGUCAAAGGCAGAGUCCUUUGUUCUCCCCAUGCAAAACAUUAAUCCGUUUUUUUUUAUUCGUCUGUAACCUCAUUUGCAUCCUCUCGUAUUUUUCGUUCUUUUCUGUGUGUUUCGUCUUAUCACGAUAUAUCCUGACAUUAUACUACAUAUAUUGCUUCUAUACAUAUUAAACAAGUAGCCCUCACGGAUACCCCAAUCGCAGCCAUCUUAUGAUAUCAUUUCA